ACUUAGCUAGCUUUGUCGAGCAGCUAAAUUGAACGUCAAACACAGUGGAUCCAGGAAGCUCACUGCAGAGCGUAUUGUGGCAUUAUAUCCUAUCAUGUAACCUUAUGGACAUUUAUUUGUCACGUCAUUUCGUGCUCACUGGAGGUUCCCGGCCUGGGACAAAUGUAGACACCGGGGUGACAACAGGACCACCGGUGGGACAGUGAGCGUUACCGGAUAAAAUGGUCAUUUUUUAUUUGACUUUCAUUCUAACGGUCACAUCCAGGUAUAAUUAAACUUUCAAAAUGAGGAUCUUCCUGUCGCUCCUGAAAAACACGAACCCGAAAAUCGAGUAUUAUUCCAGAUUUUCACCGUCUCCGCUCUCCAUUAAGCAGUUUUUGGAUUUUGGGAGGGACAAUGCGUGUGAGAAAACAUCAUACAUGUUCCUGCGUAAGGAGCUGCCUGUACGAUUGGCCAACACCAUGAGAGAGGUCAACCUGCUGCCGGACAACCUGCUCAGCCAACCCUCAGUCAGACUGGUACAGAAAUGGUACAUGCAGAGCUUUGUGGAGCUGCUGGAUUACGAGAACAGAAAGCCAGAGGACCCUCAGGUCCUCAAUGAUUUCUUGGAGCUGUUGAUUGAGAUCCGUAAUCGUCACAAUGACGUGGUUCCGACCAUGGCUCAGGGAGUCAUUGAGUACAAGGAAAAGUUUGGUUUUGACCCUUUCAUCAGCACCAACAUCCAGUAUUUCCUCGACCGCUUCUACACCAACCGGAUCUCCUUCCGAAUGCUCAUCAACCAGCACACUCUCCUGUUUGGUAAUGACACCAACCCUGCCCUUCCAAAACACAUAGGCAGCAUUGAUCCCACCUGUAGUGUGGCAGAAGUUGUCAGUGAUGCCUAUGACACCGCUAAGAUGCUCUGCGAGAAGUACUACUUGGCUGCUCCUGAACUGAAGAUUGAGGAGUUUAACAUGAAGGCUCCCAAGAAGCCCAUCCAAGUGGUAUAUGUGCCCUCUCAUCUGUUCCACAUGCUGUUUGAGCUUUUCAAGAAUUCAAUGAGAGCCACUGUGGAGCUUCAUGAACACAGCAAAGAGGGAUUACCACCAGUGAAGGCAAAAGUGACUCUGGGUAAAGAGGAUCUGUCCAUAAAGAUCAGUGACCGAGGAGGGGGAGUUCCUCUGAGGAAGAUAGACCGUCUGUUUAAUUACAUGUACUCCACAGCCCCCACACCAAGCUUGGAGCCAGGAGCCGUCCCUCUGGCUGGUUUUGGCUAUGGGCUGCCCAUUUCUAGGCUCUAUGCCCGAUACUUCCAGGGCGAUCUGAAACUGUACUCCAUGGAGGGAGUGGGUACAGAUGCUGUUAUAUAUCUGAAGGCCCUGUCCAGUGAGUCCUUCGAACGCCUGCCCGUCUUCAACAAAUCAGCGUGGCGGCAUUACAAGACGAGCCCAGAGGCAGACGACUGGAGCAACCCCAGCAAAGAGCCACGUGAUGCCAGCAAGUCCAAAUACAAAGCCAACAGAUAACUCUGCCUGGCCUGCUAGUCUAGCCCUCCUCUGGGAAUGUAAACGGCUGCACUCUGCCUAGAGCGUGUAUGAUGAACUGUUGCCCUUGGGUAAAUGUGUAGUUUAGGAUCAGACUGGUUUUUACGCAUGUGGGUAAAGCUUUGCACAGGAUGAGUGACCUUGACUCGUCCUGUACCCAACGGCAACGACCAUCAACAGCCUAGCUUUCAGUGUUGUGGCAUUACCUCUGGUUUCCCCAAGAUGGAUUUUUAAAAUGAACCUCCUUUAAUUCAUAAAAGCCCACUGUCCAACCCUGUUGAUUCAUAACAAUGGAGUCUCAGUCGUCUCCUCUAUCAGGCCGCGGCUUCAGGCUAAAUUCACCACGUCACUGUUACCUCUCACCGACUAAGCCCCCCCACUCCCUGUGACUAGAUAAACCAGGCACUGCUGAUUGAGUGUCUUUCUCCUCAUCGCUGAAGGGUUUAGUUCUCUUUCUCUCUUUCAAACACAAGCGGAGUCUGGGGGUUGACUUUCCGAGCAAAUUGGAGGCAUUGGAGGUUUCAUUUCCUUCCUUUGGGAGACACUUAACUCAACGCACAAUUAGGCCAGUGUGUCGUUAGCAUAGUAAAGACUUGUUUUGGUUUCACUCCGUUCAGCGCUCGGGAAUAGAGAAGGCAGAAUUGCCUGGCGUGCUGACAUCUAAAUGAUCUCUCUGAUGGGGAAAAAUAAGAAGUAGUGCAGCUUAUUUUGAAAGAUUUAUUUUUUUUAAUUUAAUGUUCAACAGAAAGCCUUACUUAUUAAAAUGUGCAACAUAUUUAAAUUAAGUUCAUUUAAAGGGAGAAUGUUAAAAAUGACAGCUUUAUUUAUCUUCUACUAUACUUUCAGUGAUACUAACUAAUCACUUGAUCAUCUUUUCUGCUCACAAGCUACAACUCAACUCACUUAUUAACCGAGCUCUUCAGUGUGAAUCAGCAAAUACUAAAGGACCAAAGGUGCGUCUUUCAGAUGCGUCUGAAAUGUCACCACGCCAGCAGUGUCUGUCAUGUAGCUUCUUCCACACCAGCAUGAUGUGUUGUCUAAAACCUCAAAUGGAGGCAUGGACAUGUUGCAUAAAACAUAAAAUAUGCUUGUUGUCACACAAGCACUCUGAAACUGGGCUCACAUUAUUCUGUCCCCAGUUUACAUUUCACCUGCUGUGGUGGAAACAUUGUCCCAGCUUGAACUGUAUCCUACCAACACUGUGUGUAGUCCGCCUUGUGUCACACUUGUGUUACUAAUCUUUCCAGUUUUCUGGAUGAGUUUGAACAAAGCUUUUGUGCCCGAUGUGCUUGCACUCUGUUCUUUUUUUACAUUGUCUCUUUAACAUAAGAACUGAUAGCUGGAAAGAGUUACUAUAUAUUACAAAGGAACAAAGAUGCCAUCAAGGAACUAAUUACUCAACAUUAUGCACUGUUGUAUUUUUUAUAGGAAUACUUUUUAUUAUCUUUUGAAAGUGUGUCCACUUCAUUCUUAUUUAACUGACAGUCAACACAGAAAGUUUCGUGUUUGGACUGAGUAGAGGGAAAUGUGUGGUAAAGGAGGAGAGUGUACAGCCAAUAAAACAUUUCUGGCUACCAAGACAUAGUAUACAACCAUCAAGUUGUAUCAUGUUUAGAAACUUUUAUUGCACUUUAAAAGCACUGUGUACACACUUUCCCUCGAUAUAACAUUUGCAACAGUUGCCCUCUAUUAAUAUUUUAGACAAUUUCUGAUCAGAUAACGUCCCAAGUGGGGGCUGUGUAGCCUAUAUAGUUUAGUAGAGGUGAGGAGUAACUACUAUGAGAAAUGAGCAGGUUAGAGCCUUAUUCCAUGGUAGAUAAGAAAGAUGACGCAAUAAUCUGAAAUGACCUCUUCUUCUCAUCUCCUUUAGCUCCUGAUGUGAAAUAAAAUGAAUCUAGAUGAAGAAUUUUGAGAGAUGCUUCAGUAUGGAAAGCCUCCUGAUCCUGUAGCUCCCUCAUUUCUCAGCUGCACUGUAAGAUUUUACCACUGCCAAUUGCCUUUGAAACCUGCCAGAUCACUUCACAUGGAGUGGUUCUCAUCGCUGUCUAAACAGCACAAGAAAAAGAUACGAGUGUCAUUCAAAGGCCGCCACUGACCACCACUAAUAUGUGGUUUUCCUGAAUUCCAGUUCUAAUCACUUUUAAGAAGGACUGUAUUAUGAAAAUCUACAUCUUUGUUGAAGGUUAAGUAACUAUUUUUGUGAUUUAGAGGCAGAGGUUGUUUCACCUUGAGCUGUUGUCAACCAUUACUGUAUAAGACAGUAUAUGUUAGACCUACUGUAUUUUAGAAAAUAUUGUGUAUAUAAGUAGAAAUAAUUUGUAAGCUGUAUAUGCAGCUUGUGUGCAGUGGUCGCUGUUUCCAUUCUACUGCACCUCCAGAUA